CAAAGCGAAGGGUGGGUGGGGAAGAUUUUUUUAUAUAAGAUUUGUGUCGGCGAUUAGGGUUCAUCUUCCCCUGAGUUUUGCGAUUAGGGUUCAUCUGCGAUUAAGGUUCACCCCUGGUUUAUCUUCUUCGUUCCUUUACAACAUCAGUACAUCUGUGGUUGCAAACCAUAUCCUCCGGUCCCAAUACAGUAAGUUUUUCGAAAUUAUUCAUUGCUUUCAAGAUUUCCAUAGACUAUUCUUCCAUCAAAACUUGUUAUGGAGAAUAAUCAUCGCCUUUCUUGGUAAUAUGAUUUGCACAAAGUUAUAGUCAUGAAUCACUUGCGCAAACCUGGAUUACCUUGUAUGAAGUGAAGUCAUUUUAAGACAGGUCGAUAUUAACCCACUAGGCAAACUUGUAAAAGCAUUAAGGUUAAUACCAAAUCAUCUACACAGAUCCAACGUUCGCAAAUCAAGUUUCAUAAGUUAGCCUAGUUUACCAAUCUCAGAUUGGAUUUUUUCAAGGAGCUUGUAUUACUGCGAUUCAAGUCAUAGAUAUGUGCAUCUUUCAAUUUAUGUGGACAGAGGAAAAAAAUGCAGUGAUCCAAGUUCAUUGUACCUGAAAGUUGGUUAUAAAUACAACAUUCUUUUAAUCUUACCAAACUCCUUCGGAUAUCCCCAACCAAACGAUUUGAAGAAAGAUCAAGGCUUAUUGGUUUUAUUCCUAAUGCUUUUACUAGUUUUUCUAGUAUGAUUAAUAUCAAACUGCCUGACAAUGAGUUCACAUGUUCGGUUCCCUUGUGUUACAUGACUAAAACUUUGUGCAAAUCAAAUUGAAGAAGAUUAAUGACCUAUUUGUAAUUAUGCUCUCUCUUAUGGGGUAUUUUAAAAAACAAAAAAACAUCUCCACCGAAACAAGUGACUUAUUACUUCUCCAUAACAAGUUUAGAUGGAAGGUUAGUUUAUGAUGCAAUCGUGAAUGCAAUAAAUGAUUUUGGUGAUGCUUAAUGUGUUUGGACUAGAGGAUAUUGUAAUGUGUACAAAGCCACACUACACAGUAACAAUACAGUAGCUGUCAAGAAACUUCACCCAUCAUGUGAGAUUUUUGAUCUUAAGGGUUCUGUUAAUGAGGUACAAGUGUUAACAGACUCUAGGCAUUGAAACAUAGUUAAACACUAGUUUUUUUAUUUACAGAUACCUUUGAAAAAAGGAAGCUUCUAAAUCUGAUAAACUCUAUGGAUUGGGUUUGAAUUGACAUCUCUGGUUUACUGAUAAAAUUUACUUUCAAUGUUCUUGACUUUUCUCAAGUUCUCUAUGAUGCAUCCUGGUAAUAAUAUGUAUUCAUUUGAAUGGCUUCUAGUUAAAUACAUAAAUUAUAUCAGUUACAUGUGGAAGAAUCUUAACACUAACAUAAGAGCAUGGUAUUGGACAGGGCCAUAUACAUCCAUCUCCUAACAAGAAUGUACGAAUCAGUUUGAAUUUUUAACCAUGCUUUAAAAUUUAAAUUGAGAACCAUAACCAGAAACUAGUAAAAAGAAAGCAUGAAAGCUUAAAUAUUUUGACCUCUUUCUUCAAAUGUCUGCACUUUAGUUGUCUUAUGCUAUUGAGGUUGCAUAUAUCCUGGUUGAUAUAAUCUUGAAAAGUGAGAGUACAAAUUUAUGCUCUUUCAUGCUAUAAUAGUGAUCAUGGACUAUAGGAAAAAACACAAAUCAAUGAGUAAUUGGGUAUGUGGCCCAAAAGAGGGUCAAGUGUCUCCUAUUAAUCAGCAAAUUAGUUUUAAGAUUUUAUUCCUGCUUCCAAAUACUAUCAAUCUAUCCCAGGUAACAAAUUCUUAAUAUUUUGGGAUUACUAUCAAUUGCAUCUGAAUAUUAUAGGUAACAACUUUGUCAAUUCGAUGUAUCUACUUCUUUUCAUGAGACUCGAUUUUGAAAUCCCUAAUUCUCGGCUCCCCAAAUCUCACUUCUUUCUUUUUAUUUAGGGUUUUGAUAUUGAUUUGGAGAAGUAAUUGAACAUACAGAUUCAAGGACUUCAAAUUUAUACGAGAGGUUCUUUGAUACUUUUCUUCAACAUCACUCUCUUUCCACAUUUCUCAUGUUUUUCUCAUCAGGUAUUUCUCGGUUUUUUUUUUCUUUAUAAUAAACGAAGUUGAAUAUGAUCAUUGUCAAUGCAUUUUUUGGUUAGUUUUUUGUUGCUUUUAUUAAAAAACUGAUUUUAAGUUGAUCAGAUAUUUAUUCACCGGUUUAAUAACCAUAAAGUUAAAACACUUAGAUAUUAGCGAUCAAUAUUGAAGUUUGUGUGAUCUUUUAUGUUUUCUUUGAUUUUGAUGCAUGAAAUGGUUGGAAAAAAAUAGAAUAUAUGGAACUUGAUUAUAAAUCCAGGGGAAAGGUAUAAUCUAGACAUAUAAUUCACAAUUGUUUUCUGAUUUCUGGUGAAUAACUUUAAGCAAUAGUGAUAUUCUAACUCUGUAAACAACAAAUGAUGGAGCUUCAAGAACUUUAUAAUGCUCAACUAAUAACCGAAAAGUUAACCGAGAAGUUUUAUUUUGCGUUCACCUUAAAUUAUGUUUCACAAUAUGUUAUUUCGUGUUUUAUGUUAAACUUUAAACUUGUUAUCUUUUAUUGUCGCUUUUAAAUUUAAAUGAUGGAACUUAAAAUAGUGCAUUGAAACAGUAGCAACAUGUCCUACUUUUGUGUAUGGUAUUGAUUAUAAAGUUUAUGAUUUUUUUUUAUGUUAUAUCCAAUCAUUAACAAUACUACUUGAUUCAUUUUUUAUUUAUCUGCCAAAUGACUUUGGCUGCAACUUGGUCGCCACCAACAAUAUCAAAUUGUCUGGUGAGAACGAGCUUCUUGAUUUUUUGGGUCCCGGCCUUAUGGUAUGUGUUCUAUAUACUACACUUGUAAGCGUUAUACAUUGUAGGUGUAAAUGCAAAAAAGCAACAAAUGUAAUUGUCAAUUUGUCUGCAUUACGUCAUACUUUUAUUUUUGCAAAAUUUUGCCUUAAGAUAAUCUACCCAAUUAUAGUAAUGCCAUCCAAAUAAAAAAAUUUGUUGAUUUCUUAAAGUUUAAUGUCCUAAGGAGAAAAAGGAAUUGAAAGCACAAUGCUAUGAUUGAAUUGAUUUUUAAUAACACAAUGCAUUAAUAAGGAAAAAAAUGAAAGUAGAAUGAUGUAAUAUGACAUAAUGAAAGUAGGAUGCUAUAGUACACAUAUAAAUGAAAGCGUGUUGUUUUAUCUUACAUUUAUCACUUUUAUUUAAAAUCAUAUAAGUAUGCUAUGGGUAUCAAAUGUCGAAAGUAUAAAAUUGUUAAUAAAUAUAUAAAGAAGCAAUGAAGAUAUGCUAAUUUUCUUUGAUUUAUAACACCAUGGUAUGUUAAUCUACUUAAUUAUUUAAUACCAAAAAAUCAAUGGGAUGUUGUAUUGAUGAAUGUGGAGACGAGUGAUUCCAGUCGGUUAUACAAUGAAUGGAAGGGAAAACUAGGCUGUAAGGAAGAUCUGACUUUUAUAGAACUCUAAUCAUGUGGUUGUAGUUGAGAAAUUUUAUAUUUAAUACAAUGUUUGGGAGGUUGUAAGAGAAAAACCAGGAUAAAUGGAAAAUCUGACUAUUGUUUGCCAAUGAACUACCAUCUAGAGGAUAAAUGGAAGAUCGCUAACCAUAUCCUAGAUUCCACAUAUUAUAACCUAGUAACCUCAUAAAAAAAGAAAGAUGGAAUACCAAAAGGGUAUAAAACAAAGAGAAAGUUGAGAAGACAUGGAGUUCAAAACUACUUUGUAGACCGAAAAUAUUGUUCUUGUGAAAAUGGUGGCCAUUUUUGUUUUUGUUUUUUUUUUGUUUUUUUGUUUUUGUUUUUUUUUUGUUAAAAUGUCGCCAUAUUGUGAUUGCUAUUUAUUGAAUGUGAUCAUUUUCAUGAUCAUCUCUUAAUUGUUUUGUAAGUUUGCGAUUUACCAAAUUAAAUUCUGUUAUCUAGAAAUUAACAUGGUCUUUAUUCUUUAAUUUGAAACAAUAAUGGUUAAAACGGAUUUGUUUCAUAAACCAAUUUCAAAUUGAAACUCUUUUUAGAUUUAACAGGAAAUCAAUUACAGUUAUAUUGCACUGUUAAAUCCUUACCAUUAAUUUGGUAACUAACAAUGUUUUCUCAUAGAUUGUCCUAGGAAUACAUUUGUAAGUGUAAAUACACUUUUUGUGGAAAAUUUUGGCAUGGAAAAAUACGCCACAGUGUACUAGACUUCUGAAAGAACAUGACAUUGACUUCUAAUAGUGUAACACAUUUUUUGUGGAAAAAUAAGGCAUUGAUUUCUCAGAGUGUGAUACACUCCUUUGUGGAAAAUAUGGCAUUGACUUCUCAAGUCUACUCUUGUGGAAUAAUAUGAAACAUCCUAAUUUUCCAUUUUGAAAAUAGGCAACUAAAAAGAAAAUAAAAAAUGAUAGUUCAAGUAUAAAUUACAACACACAAACCACAAUUUUCAUAAUAACACACGAAAGCAAAUAAUGUCUACUUCAAACUUUCUACUUUUUUCUGUAGCUCUAUUAAUCAUUCCACUCUCCAUUAUACAAAAUUUUGCUUCUGCAUCAAUAGAGGAAGCAAAUGCUCUUCUUAAAUGGAAAGCAAGCCUUCAGAUCCCAAACAACUCCUUGGUUUCUUCAUGGCUCCCUAUGAAUUCCAGUACUUCAGCUCCAUGCUCUUCUUGGUUGGGAAUAAUUUGCAAUGCUGAUGGGAGCAUUCAAACGCUGAACCUCACAUCAUCAGGAAUAAACGGUACACUUCACCAAUUUCCAUUCUCUUUGUUACAAAAUCUUACGAAAUUUGAGCUCAGUGUAAACAACUUCUUUGGCCCGAUCCCACCAGAAAUUCAGCUCCUGUCCAAACUUGUCUAUCUUGACUUUUCAGCAAAUACAUUUUCUGGGGUAAUCCCACCUGGGAUAGGGAUGUUAGCCAGCCUUGAAACCCUCCACCUGAAUGAAAAUAACUUGAGUGGUUCACUACCACAAGAGCUCGGUCAAUUAACCUCUCUCUAUGAGCUUGCAUUGUAUGAUAAUUCUCUUGAAGGAGAAUUACCUCCAUCAUUGGGAAAUUUGAAAAGCUUGGCUUAUCUUUAUCUCGAUAACAAUAAGCUUUCGGGUCCAAUUCCUCAAGAGUUUGGACAACUUGUCAAUCUUGUGGAGGUCUAUAUCACUCAUAAUUCACUUCAUGGUCCCAUCCCAAAAGAAAUAGGAAAUCUGAAAAAGCUAACUAUCUUGUACCUUUUCCAAAACCAUCUACAUGGUUCAAUCCCACAAGAAAUCGGAAGCAUGGUUUCACUUGAGGGCCUAAGCCUCUUCUCAAACAAUCUAUCUGGCUCAAUUCCCUCAUCUUUGGGCAAAUUGACAUCUUUGAAUCUUCUUCAUUUGUACCAAAAUCAACUCUCUGGUCAUAUUCCUGUCGAACUUGGGAAUUUGAAGUCUCUCACUAAUCUUGCAGUGAGUGAAAAUAAUCUUAGUGGCUCUAUUCCUUCAUCACUAGAAAACCUGAGCAGCCUAAAAUAUCUUUCCAUCCGUGACAAUAAAUUAUCUGGGAGUAUACCACAAGGAUUGGGAAGUCUAGAUUUGGUUGAGCUAGAAAUGGAUACAAAUCAAUUGUCUGGUCAUUUGCCCAAAGAUUUCUGCCAUGGGGGAAACCUUAGAUUUUUGUCACUAAGUGAUAAUCAGCUCAUCGGUCCUAUUCCAAGAGGCUUAAGGAAUUGUCGUAGCCUAUUUAGAGCUGUCCUUUAUAACAAUCAAUUCACCGGAGAUAUAUCAAAUAGCUUUGGGGUCUAUCCAAGCCUAGAUUACCUUGAUCUCAGUCACAAUAAAUUUCACGGGCAGCUUUCUGAAAACUGGAGUAAAUGCAAGAAUUUGACAGCCUUAAGGAUAGCAUACAACAACAUCAGUGGUAGCAUUCCACCUGAGUUUGGAAAUUCAACUCAACUCCGCAGACUUGAUCUUACUUCAAAUCAUAUUGUUGGGGAGAUCCCUAAGGAGAUUGGGAAGAUGAAAAGUAUGUUGUAUUUGUCCUUGGCUGAUAACCAACUUUCAGGUAUUAUACCCAAUGAACUCGGAUCACUGCGUGAUCUUAUUGCUCUUGAUCUGUCCACAAAUAGAUUGAAUGGGUCGAUACCAAGAAAUAUUGGUGUCUGGACACACAUGUAUUACUUGAAUCUUAGUAAUAACAAGCUCAGUGAAAAAAUUCCUUCCGAGAUAGGUAAAUUAAGUCAACUGACAACACUUGAUUUAUCUCAUAAUUUGCUCAUAGGAGAGAUACCAUCUGAAGUUCAUAGUUUGCAAAAUUUGGAGAAAUUUCAUCUUUCUCACAAUAGACUAUCGGGUUCUAUUCCUGAUGCUUUUGAAAAGUUCCUUAGUGGGAUUGAUAUCGAUUUGUCUUACAAUGAGCUCACAGGUCCAGUUCCCCCUUAUGCAAUCUUUGUCAAUGCAUCGAUACAAGUAUUUCAAGGCAAUCCAGGUUUGUGUGGAAAUGUUACUGGAUUAAAGCUUUGUGCAAGUCAAAAUAUGAUGAAGAAAAAAGAUCCCUUUCAUCAUAAGCGCGUCCUUAUAAUUGUGCUUCCCCUUUUGGGUGCACUUUUACUUGGUUUACUCAUGUGUGGCCUCAUAGCUUAUCAACGACAAAAGAAAAUUGUUCCACAGCAAUCAUCGGACGUAGAAGGUGAUGGUUUCUUCUCAAUAUCAAGUUCUGAUGGAAGAGUAGUGUAUGAUGAAGUCUUGAAAGCUACAAAUGACUUUGAUGAUGCACAUUGUAUUGGGACAGGAGGAUAUGGUAUUGUAUACAAAGCCAAGCUACAACCUAACAAUGUAGUAGCUAUCAAGAAACUUCACUCAUCAUCUGGUAAGGUUGAUCGUAAGGGAUUCCUUAAUGAGGUACGAGCAUUAACAAAUAUAAGGCAUCGAAACAUAGUGAAACUCUAUGGAUAUUUCUCCCAUGCCCGUCACUCAUUUCUGAUUUAUGAAUACCUUGAAAAGGGAAGCGUUGGAUCAAUCUUAAGUAGUGAUAUCUUGGCAAAAGAAUUGGAUUGGUUGAAAAGGAUCCAAAUUGUAAAGGGUGUAGCUAAUGGUUUGGCUUAUAUGCAUCACGAUUGUUCACCUCCUAUAAUUCAUAGAGGCAUUUCCAUUGCCAACAUCCUUCUCGAUUCUGAUUAUGAGGCACAUAUUUCAGACGUUGGCACAUCCAAGAUUUUCAAGCUAGACUCAUCCAACUGGACCACAAUUGCAGGCACCUAUGGUUAUAUCCCGCCAGAGCUUGCGUAUACGAUGGUGGCCAAUGAGAAAUGUGAUGUGUAUAGCUUUGGAGUUGUUGCAUUGGAAGUGAUGAUGGGAAAGCAUCCGGGAGAACUCAUAACAUCUUUACCAACAUUGGCUGUUGAUUAUCUAUUGCCAGCAAAUGUGGGAGAUCGUCGUAUAACGCCUCCAUCAUCAAUAGUUGAGAAACAAGUUAAAUUAGUUCUGAGUCUUUCAAGAGCAUGUUUGAACUCCAACCCACAUGCAAGGCCAACAAUGCGCCAAGUCUCAAAUCUGCUCAUGGAGGCAUGGCUUUAAAAUUCCAUAUCUGGUGUACCUUUUAAUGAUUUACUUUUCAAAAGUUUCCUAUGGUGCAUCCUAAUAAUAUGCAUGUACUAAAAUAGAUGCCUUCUCGUGAACCAACUAUUCAUAGGUUUUGUUAUAGCAUUAUCUAAUAAUAUACACGGUUCUAAAUAA